AUGCUGGAGGGGGUCGACCCGGUGGUUGCGCUGGGAUGGUUUCUGAAGAAGGAUGAGAAUGACAAGACGACGUGGUUCUCGCACAGCGGGAAUAACUAUCCAGGCUUUUUUAGUCUGGUGAUUGGGUCUACGGAUCACUUGGGCAGCGGAGAGGAGCCCAAGAAUUGCAGCUUGGCUGUCAUGACAAACUCUAUUGAGGGCUAUAGUGCAGCGCAUAGGAUUUCUGCGGCUGUGGCCCAUCGCAAGGGCUGGCCCAUGACGUGGGUGAAUAAGAGCGGGAGUAUACCGCUGGGGUUGUCGGGGGAGGAGGCUGGUGAGCGGUGGAAGGCGUGGGAGGGCGUGUGGACGGACAAGGACGAGAAGCAUACGUAUGAGGUGAAGGAGUUUGAGGAUGAGCCGGGGCUAGUGUUUGAUGGGGUUGGGCCGCUUAAGUUGGUUCCGGCUGCUGGGCGCAAGUUGAAGAGGGAGGAUGGGUAUGAAGAGUUUGUGGUGGAGAGUAUGGAAGUCGUGGUGACGCUGGAGGAGGAGAAGGAUGGUGGUGAGAAGAGUGUGAAGUUGUUACAGGAUGAUGGGACCAUGGAGCUGACCAAGGCAAAAUAA